UCCCGGAAGCUAGGAGAAAGGCUAACAAAGGACCUGCGGGGCCGCCGGCUGCCGGAGCUGCGGGACCCAGGAGUCGGGCGAAGCCGGCGGGAGCUGAGCGUCUGCGGGGCCACGUGUCCGGACAGCAGCGGUGAGCGGCGCGUGGCUCGGCGGCCUUCCCCGGGAGCGCCCGGCCCUCGGCGCCCUCUGGAGCCCUGAUUUCUGCAAACGCACCAGCCGGCUCGGCUCUGAGCAGCUGAAGCUGCGUGCGAAGAAGCUACUGAAGUUUGAUUUUAAUUAAAAAAAAAAAAAAACUUUUUCCAAGUUUCCGCCUUGGGAUUUUUGUUUUGUUUUGGUGCAGUUUGCAAUACUCUACCUCUUCGCCUCCUUUCUUCUUUUGAUGUAUUUUCCGCGGGUCGGACCUGGGAUGAACGUUUCGUAAUUGCAAGUAGAAUAGUGAGAAGCUACGUCGGAAUAGUACUCAGGAUGGACAAAAAGUCCUUUGAAACGGUUCUGGAUGAAAUUCGAAAGGCUGUUUUGACAGAAUAUAAAUUAAAAGCAAUUGAAUAUGUUCAUGGGUACUUCUCCAGUGAACAGGUGGUUGACCUCCUAAGGUACUUCUCCUGGGCAGAACCACAGCUGAAGGCCAUGAAAGCACUACAGCAUAAAAUGGUGGCCGUCCACCCAGCGGAAGUGGUCAGCAUCCUCAGCUGUUUUACCUUCAGUAAAGACAAGCUGGCUGCCCUGGAGCUGUUGGCCUCAAACAUCGUGGACGCACAGAACUCUCGUCCCAUAGAAGAUUUAUUCAGGAUCAACAUGUCUGAGAAGAAACGGUGCAAGAGAGUCCUGGAGCAGGCUUCCAAAGCAGGCUGCAAAGCCCCUCACGCCAUGAUAUCUUCAUGUGGAACCAUCCCAGGAAACCCCUAUCCCAAAGGAAAACCUAGCCGCAUAAAUGGAAUUUUCCCUGGAACUCCUCUGAAGAAGGAUGGUGAAGAAAGUACUAAUGAAGGCAAAGGAAUAGCAGCGCGGAUUCUUGGACCAUCCAAACCACCUCCCUCAACGUACAAUCCACACAAACCUGUCCCCUACCCAAUACCUCCGUGCCGGCCACACGCAACUAUUGCACCAAGUGCUUAUAACAAUGCGGGUCUGGUACCACUAGCCAAUGUGAUAGCUCCAGGUGUUCCUCCCCCACCGCCAUACACUCCAAAUCCAGUAGGAACAGACAAUGAAGACCUCUCCAGCCAGUCAAAACCUACACAGAGUCAGACAUUUUCCACCCCAGCAAGUCAACUCUUCUCUCCUCAUGGUUCUAAUCCUUCAACUCCUGCUGCAACUCCCGUGCCUGCCGUGUCCCCAGCCAAGGCAGUGAACCAUCCAUCGGCGUCAGCAGCUGCCACUGGGGCCGGAAUGAGUGCUCCCAACACUGCCCUGUCCGUGUUCCCAAUGCCGCAGCCAUCCACACCCAGCCUGACUGUAAUCCGGACUCCCUCGGUGCCGGCAACGCCUGUCACUUCCACCCACAGCGCCAUACCUGCGCCUGUCCCUUCCAUUUUUUCUGGCCUAGUGCCACUGCCAGGUCCAUCUGCCACGCCCAGCCCAGCCCCUCAGGCCAGCUCCACACCAAGGCUCACUCUGGCUUCCAGUGAGACGUUCGCUUCUACUUGUGCCCCAUUCACCAGCCACUCGUUGGCCAGCUCGACUGCUGGGUCAGCCAGUAACCCGAGCACAGCUUCCCUGUCCUCGGUCUUCGCGGGUCUGCCUCUGCCCUUCCCGCCGGCAUCCCAGGGCAUGGCCACCCCCACUCCCUCCGUCAUUUCCAGUGCCGCGGGCCCACACAGCAUCAACAGUCCCCUUCUGUCUGCCUUAAAAGGCUUUCUAACGUCAAAUGACACACACCUACUGAAUUCCUCUGCCUUGCCGUCUGCGGUCACUAGUGGGCUGGCUUCAUUAUCCUCCCUUCCCGGCCGAAACUCGGAUUCUCCUGCCUCAGCCACUACCAAGUGCUAUCCCCCUGCGCCCGUCCCCGCUGCACAGAGGUCUUCCACCCCGGGGCUGGCCAUGUUCCCAGGCCUGCAGUCCCCUGCGGCCAGCGCUACCUCGGCCACCCCCACGCUGCCUGCCCCGUCCCCGUUAGCUCCCCCCGCCUCCACGGCAGUGCCGGUGAGCUGUGGCUCUUCAGGCUCGCUUCUGCACGGGCCCCAUGCAGGUGGCACCUCGUCUGCCCCUGCUGCGGCACCCAUGCCUGUUAUGAUCAAAACUGAGCCCACGAGCCCCCCGCCCUCGGCCUUCAAAGGCCCAGCUCAUCCCGGGACUCCUGCUCGCGGUGCCUUGGGCCUGUCGGGGGCCCUGGGCCGUGGGUACCCCGUGACCUCAGUGCCCAUCAGUGUGUCCACUUGCCUUAACUCUGCGCUGUCGGGGCUCUCCAGCCUGAGUACCCCCUUGGCCGGUUCCAUGCCCCUUGCACCACACGCGUCCUCCACACCCAUCGCCCCCGUGUUCACUGCUCUUCCUCCCUUCACUUCGUUGACCAACAGUUUCCCUCUCCCGGGUGGUCCCUCCCUCAGUCCCGCUGUGUCCCUCGCGGGGCCACCAACCACCACAUCUGCAGCCGUGCACCCCAGCUCCGCGACCAUGCGCACAGUGCUGCCCACCUCUAAUGCCUCGCCCGCGGCCUUCCCACUCAACCUGUCCACUGCUGUGCCCUCGCUCUUUGCGGUCACCCAGGGCCCGCUGCCUGCCUCUAACCCCUCCUACCCUGGCUUCCCCGUCUCCAGUGCCCCAAGUGGUGCUCCCGCGCUGCCCUCGUUCCCGGGGCUGCAGGCCCCCUCCACGGUAGCAGUUACCCCACUGCCGGUGGCUGCCUCGGCUCCAUCGCCCGCGCCUGUGCUCCCUGGUUUUGCCUCCGCCUUCAGUUCUAACUUCAACUCCGCCCUGGUGGCACAAGCCGGUUUGUCAUCUGGACUCCAAGCUGCAGGAAGCUCUGUUUUCCCGGGCCUUCUGUCCCUCCCAGGUAUCCCUGGGUUUUCCCAGACUCCUUCACAGUCAUCCCUGCAAGAGCUACAGCACAGCGCAGCUGCGCAGUCGGCUUUGUUACAGCAGGUCCAUUCGGCAUCUGCUCUGGAGAGCUACCCGGCCCAGCCAGACGGGUUCCCUAGCUAUCCUUCCACGCCGGGAACACCAUUUUCUCUGCAACCAGGCCUAUCCCAAAGCGGAUGGCAAUGAGUUUAAACAUGUUUAUUCUCCUUGGGAGCAACAUGAAAUUUGCCCCAAGAACUGCAGUGAACAAUCUGACAGAUAUGAAACUGGCCAGUAGUCUGAAAAGGAGUAUCCUUGAGGACACUGGGACAGAAUUUACAAGUUCAGGUUGCAUUUUUAAAGUGCUUGUAAGUAAGAACCCUUACUCCUGUAUAUGUAUAUAUGCAGACAAUGAAUUGUAUGGAGAAUAGUAUUUUAAAAGUAUUUGGGGACUUUUCACCUCCCUUCCUACAAAGCUUUGAAUUGUGUGAGCGAUCUACAUAGACUGUUGAAGAGGAGACGGAAGUCUUUAAAGCCGAAUACAGCCUUAAGUCUGCUUGUGUCGCCUCCAUGGACGGAAGUGAUGGUUGUGCCUCAGGCUGCAUGUGGCCCUGGGGAGUUGCUAUUCUUCGGAUGCAUGUUAGCAUCAGCUGGAACGCAGUGCUCCGUACGUGUCUACAAAGGGGGACUUGAGAUGACUGUUAUUUAUUAUCAAUAGUCAGACUGCUGAAUUUAACUCAAUGUAUUUCAGGAAAGUAAAAAUGGUGCUUACCGUAGUCUUUAGAAUGACUUUCAGGUGUUUUAAAAAAAAUGUAUACCCAGAACUACUUUCUUACAGGUCUAUAAGGGAGCCUGAGGAUGAUUUGGCAAAACAUUUUUCAUACUCUCAGCAGUAUGCCCACAAGUGAGUCCCAGGCCACCACUGUUACUUACUCCUUGUACCCUGGAAGCUCUUGGUGAAUGUUUACAAUCACGGGAUGAAUUUCUACUCAAGCUCGACUAAAAUAAACGCGCAGCAGCAAUAGCGAAGACCCGCUCUGUCAGUGGGCGCCGUGGGCGCUGAGGACCUGUGCUGGCGGACCGUGGCUCCUGUCGUCCUGGGCAGGGUCUGCCGCACUGGCAGUGGGGGCAGUAGGGAGAAUGUAAGCCGUAGAAUCUACUGUAGUGCAUCUCAACACCUAGAAGUUCUACUUUUAUAAAGAUGGUGUCUGGAAGAUGUUGCAAAUGUAUUUUCCUUCAACGCGGGGAACAAGCUUUUUAAGUCUAUUGAAUAAUACUGUACGGUUAGUUUUUAACAUUUUUAAAAAAUAAACUUUAUGGAUAUGA